GCUUCUAUUAUAAAUAUGUUAUAUAAGGAGACUUAAUAUUAUUUUUUCUUUAUCUCAAAGUUUUAUACGUUGUACAUUUUAGAAGCCAAUCGACUGCCCCUAUGUCAAAGGAACAUAAAUUAUCGCCGGUGCACGUAAAUCACCAAGUAACAUGGUCGGGCUUUUAUAAAAAAUCUUUGCGUGAACGUCAAACUCAGUUAAAGCUGGUCUUUCCACAAGUUUUUACUUCUUCAACACCUAGUUCAGUCUUUUCUUCUGUUUAUGUUACUCCUGAUACCUCUCCAUGUAGUUCACCUAUAUCAGUAGAUUUUUCUUCUAAAACAAAUGAUCAAAAUACACCCUCCCACUCUGUACUUAAUAAUAAUAAUGAAAUUAAUUAUUUAAUAAAUAAAUUAGAAACUUUAGAAACUUUGUCUAAUAAAAAGUUGUUUCCAAUUAAUGGACUUGACGAAAAUAUAGCGGAUAAUAUGAUUGAAAAUUGUAUUGGAACUAUAGGUUUACCGGUCGGUUUGGCCCUAAAUUUCAUAAUCAACGGAAAACCUAUAAUAAUACCUAUGGCGAUUGAAGAACCGUCCGUUAUUGCUGGAGUUUCUGGAUCUGCUAAAACCAUAUCUGCUUAUAAUGGUUUUAAAGCAACAACUACCGAGAGAAAUACUAUAGUGGCUCAAGUCUGUCUUUUAGAUAUUUCACAAGAGAACAUGGAUUUUGCCGUGGAAAAGAUAAUGCAAAAUAAAUCUGAAAUUAUUAAAACUGCAAACAAAUAUUGUGAUAAUAUGGUAAAAAGAGGUGGUGGUGUGUUUGAUAUCAAUGCUCGAAUUAUUUCACGCAAAGCAAAUCGAAAUCGAAAACAUUACCCGAUAAAUUCAGAUAAUUUCACGGAAUGGCUAGUAGUACAUAUAACUAUAGACGUUUGCAAUGCGAUGGGUGCAAAUUGUGCCAGCACUGUGGCUGAGGGCGUUGCUCCAUUCCUUGCUGAACUUACUGGUGGUCGAAUUGGUCUACGAAUUGUUAGUAAUUUGAAUGUAGAAAGGAUGUCUAAGGCAUCCUUUCGUAUACCAUUGCACAUGCUUGCAUAUAAAUCAUUAAGUGGCAAAGAAGUAGCUGCACGUAUCAUUGAAGCUUAUGAAUGGGCUGAGGUUGAUCCUUAUCGGGCAACAACUCAUAAUAAGGGAAUCAUGAAUGGCAUUGACGCAGUUGCUCUAGCUACUGGUCAAGAUUGGCGUGCAAUUGAAGCUGCUGCUCAUGCUUGGGCUUGUAAUGGCGUGAGAACUGAUAGUGAUAAUUUUCAGUCAAAUGGUAGCUAUGGAUCUUUAACUACUUAUUGGAUUGAAAAAGAUGAACAACUAGCCACAUCUGGCAAGCCCGAUGAUGAAUGUUUAAUGUUCUGUGGUGAAUUAGAGUUACCUAUAACGGUUGGUACCGCUGGCGGUGUUCUAAAAACCAAUCAAGUCUAUACAUAUAAUUUAGGUAUAAUGGGAAAUCCUAAUGCACAAGAGUUAGCCAUGUCAAUGGUAUGUAUAGGUCUUGCUCAAAAUUUUGCAGCUCUUCGCGCACUAGCAACAGAAGGUAUACAACGUGGACAUAUGAGUCUUCACGCCAAGAAUGUUGCCAUUGCAGCUGGUUGUCCGGCUAAUGCUGUUACGAGUAUAGCUCAAAGAAUGAUUGAAAAAGGUAAAAUAACAUUAUCAUCAGCCAAGAACUUUAUUGAAAUCUAUAUGAAUGAACAAGCUGAUAUUGGUAAAAACCUACUUUCAAAUUCUCUUAAAAUUGAAGAUAAACUCGAAAAAGUUUGUGAUAAUUUAACAACUUUGAGUAGUCAAGUACAAUGUCAUAUUAAUUAAAGAAAAUUUUCAUUAAUUUAAUAAUUAAUUUAAUUAUAAAAAUAUAAGAUCUUGUUGAAAGGGUUUAUUUUUUGUCGCGCCUGCAAUAUGUUCGUGUCGCACAAUAAAAGUGAUUUUAGCCAUUACUUAUAACAGUUCAGAAUACUUAUUAUAAUUAAAAUAUGAAAGGCACAGAAUGAAGUUUUCAAUACUUGAUCUAAAUUUUAUAACAUUUAUUAAGAUUGUAAAAAUUCUUGCACCUCAGCCAAAU